AUGGAACAAUAUUCAGUAAAAUCUUAUGAGUGUCCAAAAUGUGACAGGAUUUUUGAACGCCCAGGACAUAUCGAAAGACAUCUGCAAGCUCAUAAUAAUUUUAGAUUUGUAUGCUUAGUAUGCAAUAUGAGAUUUUCAAACUCUAAAUUUCUUAAUGAACAUCAAUCCAAAUCAAAUCAUAAAGAGUAUGAAAUCCUUAAAAAAUCUUCUUAUAAAGCAUCUUCAGUACCCGUCUCAAAACCGACAAGCUCUCAGAAACCAAAAAGACCAAAACAUUCGUUUAAAUGCAGCAAAUGUAAUUAUUGUGCUUUUACUUAUGCAAAUCUGAAACGACACUUGAUAUCACAUCAAUAUUACUUCUAUAAAUGCUGCAAAAUUGACUGUAAAAUGACUUUUCGUACCUUAAAAUUAUUGAAUGAACAUCGAGCUGAAACAGGUCAUUCUGGCAAAAAUAUAACUCAAAAAAUCAGAAAUAAAAAAUCUGUCAUUAAAAAUGAAAUAAAAUUAGAAAAAAGCAGUUCCGACAGAAAUCCAAAUCAACAUAAAAGCAGCACAGAAAUGACAAAACCUGACACCAAACAGUCAAACUCGUCAAAUUCUAUAAGCAUAGAUAAGAACCAAAUACAAAGCAGUGAAACUCGACCGAUCAUAAAAAACUUUAGACUGCUGAUUCAACAAAUUGAAGAAGAGGCGUUGAAAAGUCCGGUAAAGAAGAAAAUCAAAUGCGAUGACAAGAAAAACAACGAAACUGAUUCUGAAUCGUCGUCUUACUUUUCUGCAUGCAACAGUGAAGAAGAUGAACAUCAUAUGAUUAAUUUAAGAGCUGCCAGCAUUUCACAACAAUUGAAACUUGAUAGAAAACGUGCCGAAAGUUUAAAAAGAGCUGAAAAAUAUAGAGCACAGCAGAAAGUUUCAAAUGAUCUCAUUCGGAUUCGAAAAUUUAGAGGUCGACUUAAUUUUCAAUGCAAAAAAUGCGAUAAAAGUUUUGGGAAAAUUGGAUCUGCUAGAAUACAUGUAGCUAGUCAUAUUAAUGCCAAUUUAAAGUGUCCAAAAUGCAAACGAAUACUUCCAAAUAAAAGAUUUUUGCUAAUGCACCUCCGAGCUCAUAAUCGUCUUAAAUUUAUCUGUUCAAUCGGAGAAUGUGGCAUGAAAUUUGCAUCAAUUAAAUGUCUCAAGAAGCAUCAUGUUAAUCAUCAUAGACUGAAACUUUCCGAUGAGUCUGGAACAGAUGAUGAUGAUAAAUCAAAAGGUUUGCAAAUUAUGACAAGAUCAAUGUCUCAGAUGUCUGAUUUAAAAAAAUACAGAGGAGAAAACAUAUCUCCAGUUUCGUCUUCAUCAUCAUCGAGAUCCAAUUCUCCGAAAGCUACAAAUUUAUCAACUGAUCUUUCCAUAUCUUCAUCUUUUCUUAAAAAAUUAUCAACUCUUUCAAUAUCUAAAUUAGAUUCUGAAAAUUUGGAAGCGACAGCCGUUUCAACGACAAUUAAAGUUGUAGAAAUUAAAAAUCAGUUUAAAUUAGAAUGCUUGAUGUGUUCUAAGAAGUUUAAGGAUUCUUUUAUGUUGUGGAGUCAUUUGCUCAAAAAGCAUUAG